GACGGCUCGACAUGCAGGACGGCUCGGGGAUACAGCUCACCGUGGGUAGAAAAGUAAUUCUCGACAUCCUCGCGUGAAAUCCCCGGCAGAUAACGCAGUGUGAAGCAAUACAUACAAUACCGGAACGGAACGGAUCUUGGUGGAACUACAGCGAGUUCGUGUCCCGCCGACUCUUCCUUAGGUAUGAAUUGGCUCUAGAAAGGGAGGCAUGGAGAGAGAGGUCAUUUGGUUGGAACUGAGAAUCCACGUCUACGAUAAUUUAGAUCAACUUAUUCAUUGUGCGAAGGUGAUAGUUAACAGUUCUGCAAGCUUUGGGAAUGUGGACUCAAAGUUAGGGUUAGGGUGGUUAUUCUCUAAUACAAUGUGCCACAAGCAUAUAUACUCAUGCAGAUUGGAAAGUAAACCCUCUCUUGAGAUACUGGAAUUCAAAAUUCUCUUUACAGCAAAAAUCAAGGCCUACAAGAAGACCAACCUCGCUCUUCCACACCAUCCUCGCCACACACACGUCCUCUACCGCGGCGGGUCUCAUCGCCAGCCCCGCGAUCACUCGCAUAAAAGAACACCUGCUCUUCUGAUUCCGGUCUGCUGGCGUUGGAGGCGCUGUCGGAACGGGGUUUUUCGGUGCUGGCGCUCGCGGGCCGCAUGCGAGGAAGGGCCAAGUUGCGGUAGACGAUUGGAGCCAGUCCGGGGCGGGUUUUGGGGUGCGCUGGGUGCUGCUGCGUUUAGGCAGCGUGCUGGAAGAGGCUGUGGGGUGGAACCCGGUGGUUUGGUUUGAUUUGGAGGCAUGUCAAUGGGUUAGAAUAAUAGGUGGUUUCACAGUUAAUUCUUUGUAUCAGUAGGGAAUUCGAUAUUUGGUGCGUGUGGUAUGUAUGUAUCUAAAUUGCACAUUUUCGUUCGGGAAUUAAUAACUUAGGGAGAGCAUAUCAACUGUACAUUCACUACAUGAUAUCUAGCUGAUUUGAGUCCGGCAAUGGAAGCAAAUCUUAACAAAGCUAGGGUCAGAGGGUCCUUCUAUCUCCUCAACAGAGAGUAGACUAUUCUUCAACCUUUUAGAUUCCGGAUUUCU